UGCGCACAGUCAUUGCCUUCCUGUAGUAUUUUUUUCUAAUCCAGUUUUGUCACUUUUUUCCUUGAAAAAAAUAUGCUUUCCUCAGCUGUAAGAGGAGCUGUAAGGCGCUUCUCAGCUCAGGGAGGACGGCGUUUACUCCCUUCGUCAAAUUCAGCUAUCUUCUCAAGAUUUCAAUCCAAUGCUGCUGCCGCCACAGCUACCUCAACAGAUAAAUAUGUUAGUUAUAAAGUUCAAGAUGGAGUUGCUGUUGUUAAAUUUGAUACACCAGGAUCCAAGGUCAAUGUUUUAUCUGAGAAACUGACUAGAGAAUUUGAGGAGGUAAUGCAAGAGGUAUUACAUGAUCCUAAUAUUACUAGUGCAGUGUUGAUAUCCGCAAAGCCUGGUUGCUGGAUAGCAGGAGCUGAUGUCAACAUGUUACUCGCUGGAGAAUCAGCAAAAAAGGUUCAAGAAAUCUCAAGUAAUGGACAGAAAGCUAUGCAGUCUGUUGCUGAUAGCCCAAAGCCUAUAGUUGCUGCUAUUAUGGGAAGUUGUCUGGGCGGAGGCUUAGAGCUUGCCCUUAGCUGCCAUUAUAGAAUUGCAGUAAAUGAUACCAAAACAGUUUUAAGUGCACCUGAAGUAAUGCUAGGGUUAUUGCCAGGAGCAGGCGGAACACAGAGGUUACCCAAACUAAUUGGUCUUCCUGACUCUUUGGAUAUGAUGUUAACUGGUAAAAAUAUCCGUGCUGGUAAAGCAAAGAGAAUGGGAUUAGUAGACAUGCUUGUGCAGCCUCUAGGUCCUGGUCUUUUAUCACCUCCAGAAAACACUCUGCAUUAUCUUGAAGAAAAUGCAGUUCAUGCCGCCAAGGAUCUUGCUAGCAAAGUUAUUAAACCAAAAAGAGCUAAAUCAUGGACCAACAUGAAAGAUAUUCAGUACAAUUUAACAACAGAAACAUCCUAUGGAAGAAACUUUGUAUUGAAAAAGGCAAAAGAAACAGUGAUGAAGAAGACUGGUGGCCUUUAUCCUGCACCACUCAGGAUCAUUGAUUGUGUAAGAGAAGGACUGGAAAAUGGACCAGCUAAAGGUUAUCUGAAGGAAGCAGAGGAGUUUGGACGAUUAAGUCAAAUGAGCGAGUCAAGAGCACUAAUGGGACUCUUCUUUGGACAAACAGAAUGCAAGAAAAAUAGAUUUGGGAAUCCUGCAAGACCUGUUAAAACUAUAGGUGUACUUGGAGCUGGUCUAAUGGGUGCUGGGAUAGUCCAGGUCAGUAUCAACAAAGGUGAACAUGUUAUGAUGAAAGACAACCAAAUAGCUGGUCUGGCUAGAGGCAAACAGCAGAUCUUCAAAGGGUUAAAUGACAAGGUGAAAAGAAAAGCCUUAACAAGCUUCGAAAGAGAUCAAAUAAUGUCCCAAGUAGAGGGGCAAUUGGAUUAUAAGGGCUUUGAAAAAGCUGACAUGGUUAUUGAGGCAGUAUUUGAGGAUAUCAAUAUCAAACAUAACGUUAUCAAAGAAGUUGAAGCUGUUAUUCCAGAUCACUGUAUCUUUGCAACUAACACAUCUGCUCUACCAAUUAAUGAGAUCGCAAAAGCUAGUAAGAGGCCUGAAAAGGUUAUUGGUAUGCAUUAUUUCUCUCCUGUUGACAAGAUGCCUUUGCUAGAAAUUAUUACUACCGACAAAACAUCUCAGGAUACUGCAGCUGCUGCAGUCAGUGUUGGCCUUAAACAAGGAAAAACAGUCAUUGUUGUCAAGGAUGGACCAGGAUUUUAUACAACAAGAAUUCUUGCCUCUGCUCUAGCUGAAGCAAUUGCUUUACUGCAGGAGGGUGUGGAUCCAAAGGAUCUUGAUUCACUUACCAAAAAGUUUGGAUUUCCAGUUGGAAGUGUGACACUAGCUGAUGAGGUUGGCAUUGAUGUGGCAUGUCAUGUAGCUGAAGAUCUAGCAAAAGCCCUUGGACCAAGGUUGGGUGGUGCAGAUAUAGGAGUACUCAAAACUUUAGUAGAACGUGGAUUUCUAGGAAGGAAAUCAGGAAAAGGAUUCUACAACUACGGUGGCAAACGAACUUUGAACAGCGAAGCUCUUGAUAUUCUGAAGCAAUUUAAAGUACCCAAGAAGGGAAGUCAUGAGGCAGAAGAAAUCCAGAUCAGGCUGGCUGGACGAUUUAUAAACGAAGCUGCUCUGUGUCUACAGGAAGGCAUUCUCAGUAACCCUGUUGAUGGAGAUAUUGGAGCAGUAUUUGGUCUUGGAUUCCCUCCAUUCCAUGGAGGACCAUUCCGUUUCCUAGAUACAUACGGAGCUGAGAGAUUCGUCAAUAGAAUGAAAGAACUACAGCAAACCAUUGGUGAAGUUCAAUUCCAGCCUUGUCAGUUGUUACAAGACUACGCUAAAGACCCAAGCAAGAAAUUCCACAAGCGAUGAUCAGUAUGGCUUUGUUAUCCCUAUAAGUUAAAUAUACUUCACCGAACUUGAUAUCCCUGUAUAUGUAUGAGUAGACUAUUGAAACUGUUCCUUGAUGUACUUUGUACAAAUACAUUAUCACGGUAGUAUGAGUUAAUCAUUUCAUUAGUGGAGUUGCGUGAAGUUGAAAACUUCUGGUUAAAACACCUGUUUUUGAAUGUCUGAUAUUCCAGUAAAUAUGAUUGGUUAAUUGUUCCAACUUCGUGGAAUAAAAUCUUAAAUAAAAUCUUAAACAAGGAACUAUA